GGGCGGUGUCAGCGGCUGCGCCUAGAAUAGGGCGGGCAGGCGCGCUAAUCUGUGGGCGGCCGCCGCGUCUUCUGCCGCCGCCCUCCCUUCGCCACCAUGCCGGGGAUCGACAAGCUGCCCAUCGAGGAGACGUUGGAGGAUAGCCCGCAGACAAGGUCUUUACUAGGCGUUUUUGAAGAAGAUGCUACAGCUAUUUCCAACUAUAUGAACCAAUUGUAUCAAGCUAUGCAUCGUAUUUAUGAUGCACAGAAUGAAUUAAGUGCAGCAACACACCUGACUUCGAAACUUUUAAAAGAAUAUGAAAAACAGCGUUUUCCAUUGGGGGGUGAUGAUGAAGUUAUGAGCUCUACUUUACAACAGUUUUCAAAAGUUAUAGAUGAGCUUAGCUCUUGUCAUGCUGUACUCUCAACUCAACUUGCUGAUGCCAUGAUGUUCCCCAUUACCCAGUUUAAAGAAAGAGAUCUGAAAGAAAUACUGACAUUAAAAGAAGUGUUUCAGAUCGCUAGUAACGAUCAUGAUGCUGCAAUUAACAGAUAUAGCCGAUUGUCAAAAAAAAGAGAAAAUGACAAGGUGAAAUAUGAAGUAACAGAAGAUGUGUAUACUUCCAGAAAAAAACAGCACCAGACCAUGAUGCAUUAUUUUUGUGCAUUAAAUACUCUUCAAUACAAGAAGAAGAUAGCAUUGUUAGAACCUCUACUUGGGUACAUGCAAGCUCAGAUAAGUUUCUUUAAGAUGGGUUCUGAAAAUCUCAAUGAACAGUUGGAAGAAUUUUUAGCUAAUAUUGGAACAAGUGUACAGAAUGUUCGCAGGGAAAUGGACAGUGAUGUAGAGACCAUGCAGCAGACAAUAGAGGAUUUGGAAGUAGCCAGUGACCCUUUAUAUGUGCCUGACCCAGACCCCACAAAAUUUCCUGUUAAUCGAAACUUAACCCGAAAGGCUGGAUACCUUAAUGCUAGAAAUAAAACAGGCUUGGUGUCGUCUACCUGGGAUAGACAGUUUUACUUCACACAGGGUGGAAACUUAAUGAGUCAAGCCCGUGGCGAUGUAGCAGGAGGCCUGGCCAUGGACAUAGACAACUGUUCAGUGAUGGCUGUGGACUGUGAAGACAGGCGAUACUGUUUUCAGAUCACCUCUUUUGAUGGGAAAAAAUCUUCAAUUUUGCAAGCAGAGAGUAAAAAAGACCAUGAAGAGUGGAUUUGUACAAUAAACAAUAUAUCUAAACAAAUAUACUUAAGUGAAAAUCCAGAGGAAACUGCUGCACGAGUAAAUCAGUCAGCUCUGGAAGCUGUUACUCCUUCCCCUUCUUUUCAGCAGAGGCAUGAGAAUCUGCGGCCAGCAGGACAAUCUCGGCUACCAACAGCUCGAACCAGCAGUUCAGGAUCUUUAGGAUCUGAGUCCACAAAUUUGGCUGCCCUUUCUCUAGAUUCUCUUGUUGCCCCAGACACCCCAAUACAGUUUGACAUAAUUUCUCCUGUGUGUGAAGAUCUGCCUGGCCAGGCCAAAACUUCUGGCCAGGGAGGCAGGCGUACAAAUCCAUUUGGAGAAUCUGGAGGAAGUACAAAAUCUGAAACUGAAGAUUCUAUUCUUCAUCAGUUAUUUAUUGUCCGAUUCCUUGGUUCUAUGGAGGUGAAGUCAGAUGAUCAUCCGGAUGUUGUUUAUGAAACAAUGCGCCAAAUCUUAGCUGCUCGGGCCAUCCAUAACAUCUUUCGUAUGACAGAAUCACAUUUAUUAGUCACUUGUGAUUGUUUAAAGUUAAUUGAUCCACAGACACAAGUUACAAGACUCACAUUUCCAUUACCCUGUGUAGUUUUGUAUGCUACACACCAAGAAAAUAAGCGGCUUUUUGGAUUUGUUCUCCGGACAUCAGGAGGGAGAAGUGAAAGUAAUCUGUCAUCAGUAUGCUAUAUAUUUGAAUCAAACAAUGAGGGGGAAAAGAUUUGUGAUUCUGUUGGACUGGCAAAACAGAUAGCUCUGCAUGCUGAACUGGAUCGUAGGGCAUCAGAAAAACAAAAAGAAAUAGAGAGAGUAAAAGAGAAGCAACAGAAAGAACUCAAUAAACAAAAACAGAUUGAAAAGGACUUGGAAGAACAGAGUCGGUUGAUAGCUGCUUCCAGUAGAACAAACCAAGCCAGUAGUGAGGGGCAGUUUGUUGUCCUUAGCAGUAGCCAGUCAGAAGAGAGUGAUUUGGGAGAAGAAGGAAAGAAGAGAGAGUCAGAAGCAUAAACUUACAUUGCUUUUUGAUUGACACCCCCCCCCUCCGGAAUUGACAAUUUCUAUGGUGAAAUGGCACAAGGUAACAACUAUGUUGAAAUAUCAAGGAGGAGACUACACUUUAUAUUUGCUUGUUUUUAGCUUCACAUAAAAAAAUGUUGAACUUGA